GGUAGUCCUAGCCGCAAAAUUCGUAUAAAUAAAAUUAUUAUGCUAAAAAGUGUCUCAGAGUCCAAUUAGUCUCUUGGCAGUCGUCUUCAUUGCAUAUCGAAGAUUCAUCGUGCUUUCUUACUGUUAUUUAUUUUUUUAAUUUUAUAGCAUCUUACAUAUUGACACUGCUAUCAAACUAGAUAUGUCGGCGUACUUGUUCAUUACGAUUUUCAUAAUCGGGAACUUUUUGAUCCCAAUCGAAUCAGCUAUACUAGACCAAAUCGACAGCAAUGAAAUUCCUACAACGAUUAAAGAUGAAUCUGAUAGUUUAGACACUUUCUGUUCCACUUUUCCUCCAACUAAUUGUUUCGAAAGUGAAAAACCAGAUGAAUUGAAAAAUGACGUGGAAUUAUUCCAAGAACAAUUUUGUCUAAACCGUAGAUCUUUCCGUUGCAUUGAAGAGUUCGCCCGCCGUUGUUUACCGUCAAUCACACAUUACUAUACUGUAAUAUCCAAUGUUUUAUAUAGAAGUCAUAAGAUUCUCAAGUUGAGUCUAUGUACCAAUGGUCCUUACACAGACGAGGAAUUGAAGCACGCGGACUGUUUACGUUUCGGAAAGAUGUUGUACAACGGUAAGUGCCCGGAAAAAUUCGAAGAUGGCAGUAACAACGUGACUUCAGUCCAUGAAACAUUAGAAAGAUACGUGCAUUGUGUCAAUAACAUCGCUGCGAUGGCGUGCGGUAUGGAGACCGGAAUAUUUCUCUCGGAUUAUACGCACGCAUUCAACAUACCAUUGGAAAAAUCCAACCUUAAGCCACUGCCCGUGAUUAGAUUAUAAUUUGGCUGAAUAAAGAAUUUGAAGUUCGUCGCUAUCAUAAGGACAUUUUUUUUUUUUUAUAAAAUAAUCAUUUUAAUUCAUUAUAUUAUUUUUAACAAUUUUUAAGAAUU